AUGAUGGAUACAAAAAUGAUGCGACUGCGAAGUGUGCAACUGCGAACUACCAUGAGUUUGUGCAAACAGGUGUAUGAAACUUUGACAAGUUUCCCCGGGAAACCAAAGGUGGUCCAGUUCAUUCCACAGAUAGAUAUGAAUCUGUUGUUCAUGGUGCAUGAAGAAGUCGGUGCCAUUGACAUCGGCAUCACCAAGCAAAAUUAUCUUCUGGCGUUCAAACAGGCUCAUGGACUAUGGCACCUGCAGCGUGAACUAUUCACGCAAGCCCUCACAGAAGUCGCUCAAAGUGAUCUCUACAGCAUAUUUUACGUUACAGUGACGUACUUGUUCACGACUAACGAUCACCACCAGGUUUUCAAGCUUCACGAGCGCAUUCUUGCCGAAUUGUACCGCCGCGAUGCUCAUGUUCUCGAGGCCGAGUUCGAAAUCAUCACCACUUUGCUCAGCAGCCGUCUCAGUAAGAUCAACAAGAACCUGCUACUUUGGAACUUACUCCGCAAACUCACGGUGAUGAUGAACUUUGAUGGAGGACGCUUCAACGUACUUCUCGCACGAGUUUUGCAGUCUUGCCGAUUACACUAUGCCAACUAUUACGGGAAUAACUAUCUACGGUGGCUCAUUGGUGUAAGCAUAGCUGUGGGUGAUGGCACAAAGGUGGAGGCAAUUCGUACGCAGUUGACGGAGGUGUGCCAUGAGAGCUUGGCAGAUGUGUCGUUAUGGACCAAUCUUCGUGUGCUCUUGUACGCGGACCUGCGCACCAUCCAAGCGGCGGUAUACCAACAUGUGCGGGCAGUGGACGAGGUAAACCGCAAGUUCGGAGUCACGGUAGCUUCUCCAGUGGUGGCAGACUCGCCCACCACCACCACACACAACCCACAGUUCGCCCUAGAUCAGUUGCAUUGGCUCUUAUCGGUGGAGUGCUGCAAUAUCACUCCAUACGCCCUGGUGGUACCGUUAGAGCAACAAGCCCCGUUCCAGCCGGUGUUAGUCGCAGCUCUAGCGGCCCAGAACAAGCGGGCGGGCCUGUUCCCGCCUGAUCACCCGGCACUCGAUCACCACCGUCAUUUUAUCGCUGUGCUACAGCAUCUCACUGUGAGCGCGAGCCCACACCCAGACCAAGUCGCAGUUGAAAACUCUCAGCGAAAUCGCAUCCGCACAACUCUCCAUUCUCAGUGA